AUCGAUGGAAACCCGGUAAACCUAUUUGAAUUCAAUGAAGGAAAACUUUUACCAAUGCCACAAAAACCAAUAAUCAUGGAAGCCGUUGCUUGUGAGAUCUCCGGUCAACUUCGCAAUUGGAAUGUGUAUACUCGCCAAAACGGAAUUAUCACUACAUCUCAGGGUGGAUUUGAUUUCGAUAUUUCUGGUCAGCGAACAAUUAGUACACCUGAUGUUGCAUUUAUUCCAAAAAAUAUUUACCGUUCGCUUGAUCAUCAACAACAAUGGACAUUCAAAGGCCAGUCGUUUACACCGACAUUUGUUGUGGAAGUCGCGGUUGUCCGAGAAGGUUAUCAAGAAUUUAAUGAUUUAGAUCAAAAAUUCAGGAAAAUUUACUUUGCAACGGGCUCGUCAGUUGACCUUGGUUGGUUAGUGGACCCAAAGAAUAAGAACAUAUUUAUUUACAGACGGAGGGCAAGUGGGGUUGUUUAUCGAACUUCACAUGGUUGGAAUAAUGUAAAUGGUGGUAGUAUUUUACCAGAAUUCACACUUGAAGUGCAGAAAAUUGAUGAUACAAUUUCACAGGAAUCCUCAGAAUUAUCAUCAUCAGAAAAUGAUGAAAUAUUCGAUUGUCCUAAAUGUAGUGCAACUUUUUCAAAUGAUUAUGAUUUUAUGAAACAUUAUGAGAAUAGCCAUGCUCGUAGAUGGCGUAAAAGAGAAUAG